AUGAAGUUCAACUGCAGAGUCGCCCUUUUCAUUCUGCAUUUGCUUGUGGCCACAUUCAAAGUUGGAAAGGCUCAUCGAAUACCAUUACAUGGAUCGGCCAUGGCAUUUGCGGCAAGAUCAAAGCCCAAGAAAAGUUCCACUGGUCAACCAGACUAUCAACUAGCAUCAUUGGAUUUGUCGCAGAAAUGGUUGGAGUUGGUACGAAAUGGACAGGUCGAAGCCACUGUGGAAGUUCCAGCGAGUUAUAGUGAUGGCGGUGAUAAAAAUUCUCCCGAAGAGAUGCUCCGUGUAAGAUAUGGUGUGGCAGUAUCCAAAGAAGACGCAAACAAGUGUCAAGAGUUUGUCGAACAAGUUGAAACAGAAGAACCUCACGAAAAGAUAAGAGUCAUCAACGAAACUCUGGCGCAACUUCAGUCUGAUCCUUCUAAAAUAUCUGUGCAGUACGAGAUGGACGGUGAUUUUGUGGCGCAGCUGCAAUUGGUUCGCACUCUGAGGCCAGCUCCGUCUCCAGGAUUUGCAGGUUCGACUUCGUCCGAGCCACCGCCUUAUGACGAGAAAACGGAUUCCUUUGUCACUGGCCCCUUGCGAUUGGAACUUCGACCUGUGGUAGGUACUGUGAAGGUCCCUGGUAUGGUCACCAGAUACGACAUUUAUCACAAUGUCAGCCCAGCGGACGCAAGAGGCCAUUUUCUUUUGUUGCCCACACUUUCGCUUCCAGAGCUCAAUUGGAGGGGCCAAAAGUUUUUGCCUACCGAUUUCACGAAUAUGCUAUACCUAGCCAGCUCUGUUCGACCUCAUGGAUCCCUCUUUCUUGGCUUCAAUAGUGUUGGUGCCGGGGCUUCUCAAAACCAUAUUCACUGCCACGCGUGGCCAUCUCCGCCAUUGCCAUUUUUGAAUGAACAAGAAGAUGACUCCUCUCCUGUUGAGGGAUGGAACUGUUACGCAGUCUCAAAGGUCAAGUCAAUUAUCGACUUUUACGAUUUAGAUGGUGGAAACAUUGAGGUGACCUAUCUCAAGUAUCCUUUAUUUUGUGUCCAAUUCUCCGCCUCCAAAGAACAUCUCGAUACUUUGUCCAAAGUUUUGGACUUUGCCUCGGCUGCGUUUGGAGAAGCGCCAUUCAAUAUUGGGUUCUUGAAUCGACCGGCCAUGGACGAUGACGGGAAUACGAUGGAUUCCGAAGACGAUUCCUUUGUGGACGUCUACAUGUUUGUCCGGUCCAAAGAAAGAUCCAGUGUUCUUCCAUCCCUGAAGCUCGGAGUUAGCGAAGCAAUGGGUCUCUUUCAUGCCCAAAGCGACGAGGAGCUGGGAGUAUUGAAAGCUACUACCCCUCUCGGUGGUGCUAGAAAAGUGGAGGAUGCUGGGGCUGAACACGAACAUGAUCACCAUCACGAUCACCAUCACGAUCAUGACGAUGGCCCCAAGAAAGGUCCUAUGGCACAAGCAUUGGAGGAUAUCUCCUAUGUGGAUAGAGACGAACUAUGGAGUGCGAUGAAGACUAUCCUGAUCGGACUAGAUGCUACGAUUAUUGGAAUUGACGAAGAGACUUUGGAAGGAACGGACGACGGGCGGUAG